GGAAAAUCCCUUAUCAAGAUAAGUUUUUCAGACUUUUGAUCAAAAAUGUCUAGCGAGGGAAACGAGACACCACUAAUAAGUGACCAAUCUUCAGUUAACAUGGGACCUCAGCCAAGAAAUAAGAAUCAGGCUCUGAAGGUAGCAGGAGUGACUCUGCUGGCUGGGAUACUGAUCGCAGGUCAGGCCUUCACUGCUUACAUGGCCUACAGUCAUAAAGAGCAGCUCAACACCCUGGAGAGACGAGGAGACCGCCUGCAUGAGAUCAGCCGUAAAUCUGCCAUGCGAGCCCCGCUAAAGAUGCAUCUCCCCAUGAGCUCUCUUGCUCUGAAGUAUGAGGAUGACACCAAAGAGAACAAGGAUUCUCCUCCCUCAUCUCCCAAACCAGAGCCCAAAGUUCUAACCCAGUGCCAGAAGGAGGCUGCAGGGGAGGUCAAGAGUCUCCUGCCGUCCUUCAAGCCAAGGUGUAACGAGAAUGGAGAUUACCUGUCACAGCAGUGCUGGGAACAGACUGACUUCUGCUGGUGUGUGGACAAGAACGGCGUUGAGAUUCCUGACACUCUGAAGGAAGGCCCCGCUCAGUGUUGGGCCCUUAAUUCCGCUGACAUAGUGAAUGAGCCUCUGCUGAGGAAAAAUGGCGAGUGAAGAGGAGCAGCGAAAACUUCCACAAUAUCAUAUUCUGGUGUCUUCAUCUAACUUUUACAGCUGAACUUUCACAUUUACUGUAGGUCUAAAUAAAGUUUGGUUUGAGGUCUUAAAAUAUCUGUCUGUACAUUCAUAUAUUUUCUAGAAACCUAAACUUGUGUUUUGUAUUGAAACAAUUACAGACUUUAGAAGAUCAGUUUCAGCAGUGUUCAUGGAAAACCUCUUAACUUUAUUGAUUUGUACUACUUUUGUUUUUAUUAAUAACUUUCAACUGCUUUUUCUGAGUGAAUAUUUUUAAAAAUGAAUGAAGAGAGAGAACAUGUAUAGAAGGACAAACAAAACUGGAUGAUGGAGAGCUAACAGAGAUCGAUAAUAAAAUUAAUUACUAAC